CUAGCUUUCCUCUUCCUUCAAUCAAUCUUCUUCGUCUUCUUCAUCUCUUUCUUUAGAAAGUUGAAAACACUACUCUCUAAAGAAAUGGGUUCUUUAGGAGAUGAACUUAGUUUAGGACAGAGGAGACACAGUUCUUCCGACAACGACCCGUGUGUUUCCGAAAAAAGCUUCAAAGAUCAUGAAUGUUGCGGUGGAGAAAGGUUGUAAACUAGAGGAGCAUGUUAAGAAGCUCGAAGAAGAGAAGAGGAAGAUCCAAGGCAGUGAACUGGAGCUUCCUCUCUGUUUACAGAUUUUAAACGAUGCGAUUUCGUAUCUCAAGAAAGAAACAGAGACGGAUACUCAGCCAUUGUUAAAAGAUUUCAUCUCUCUCAGUAAACCAAUUCGAGAAGAACAUGACGAAGAAGGAGAAGAGCUUUUCAAGGAGAAGAAGUUUCAGCUAUGGAGAGAAAAUGAUCACAUCUCAAACGCGAGAUUCUCAGACACGAAGAUCAAGAACACGCUAGAGAUUGAGAGAGAUGAGGAGAAAUCUUCAAAUAGCUUAUAUAUGUUGUUGAGUCCUGGCAUGACGACUCCAAAGGGAAGAAGAAAACUAGUUGCCUCUAGCUUUGUGCCACAGCCACCACCGUAUCUUCAGCAGCAAGCGUUGCGGAAGCAAAGAAGGUGUUGGACACCUGAGUUACAUCGCCUUUUCGUUGAUGCGUUGCAACAGCUCGGUGGUCCUGGAGUGGCAAUUCCUAAACAAAUCAGAGAGCAUAUGCAAGAAGAAAGCCUAACCAAUGAUGAAGUCAAGAGUCAUUUACAGAAAUACCGUUUACACAUCAGGAAGUCUGACUCGAAUCUGGAGAAACAAUCAGUAGUUGUUUUAGGAUUUAACUUGUGGAAUUCAUCAUAAGAAGAAGAAGAAAGUGGUGAAGGAGGAGAAACAUCAAAGAGAAGCAAUUCGCAGUCGGAUUCUCCUCAAGGUCCUUUGCAGUUACCUUGUACAACAACCACAACAUGUGGUGAUAGUAGCAUGGAAGAUGCUGAAGAUGCUAAAUCUGAGAGGAGAGAUUGAGAUCUCCAUAAAUCUCAAGAUCCUUUUUCAAGAACCAAACUCUUGAUUCCCUUUUUGUUAGUUUGGAUUCACUUCUAGUGAAUGAGAAUAUAAUCACAGAAAAGAAUAUAGAUUUAUUUUUAUAUA